AUGCCGCCUAAAUUCGAUCCUAAUGAAAUUAAAAUCGUAAACUUGCGAUGUGUGGGUGGAGAAGUUGGUGCCACAUCAUCCUUGGCUCCUAAAAUCGGUCCUCUGGGUCUUUCCCCCAAGAAGGUUGGUGAUGACAUUGCCAAAGCCACCAGUGACUGGAAGGGUCUCAAGAUCACCGUGCAGCUGAUUGUACAGAAUAGGCAGGCCCAGAUUUCAGUGGUGCCAUCUGCUGCUGCACUCAUAAUCAGAGCUCUCAAGGAACCUCCACGUGAUCGUAAGAAGCAGAAGAACAUUAAGCACAAUGGUAACAUCACUCUUGAAGAUGUGAUAAGCAUCGCCAAAACCAUGAGGCCCCGUUCAAUGGCGCGUUAUUUAUCUGGCACAGUGAAGGAGAUCCUCGGUACUGCACAGUCAGUAGGGUGCACUGUCGAAGGCAGAGCCCCACAUGACCUCAUCAAUGACAUCAACUCAGGUGCACUCACAAUUGAUGAAUAA